CAAAUUCAAUUAACCUGCACCUAACCGGUAAAGACCAAUACACAUAUUGUCAUGAGGAUGACACAAUCUACUCUAGGAUUCCAAAAACAGGUAUGAAGAAAGAGUCAAUGGUCCAUAAACGAAGAUUUGGCACCAAAAGGCGGAGACUCCUCAAGUUAUAUAUAAAAGCAAAGUAAGAAGGUGAUUGUUGUCUGAGAGAGAGAAAAAGAUGAACGAUGCAGAUGUGUCAAAGCAGAUACAGCAGAUGGUCCGGUUCAUCCGGCAAGAAGCAGAAGAGAAAGCAAAUGAGAUCUCCAUCUCCGCCGAGGAGGAAUUCAACAUCGAAAGACUUCAGCUUCUCGAGUCUGCCAAGCGUAAGCUCCGUCAAGACUACGACCGCAAGCUCAAGCAGGUCGAUAUCCGCAAGCGAAUCGACUACUCCACGCAACUUAAUGCAAGUAGGAUUAAGUACCUUCAAGCACAAGACGACGUUGUCACCGCCAUGAAAGCGUCAGCAGCUAAGGAUCUUCUUCGUGUCUCCAACGACAAGAACAAUUACAAGAAGCUUCUUAAGAGUCUCAUCAUUGAGAGUUUGCUGCGCCUGAAAGAGCCAUCAGUGCUGCUGCGAUGCAGAGAGAUGGACAAGAAGGUUGUUGAAUCAGUCAUCGAGGAUGCUAAAAGACUGUACGCGGAAAAAGCCAAAGUCGGGUCUCCUAAGAUCACCAUCGACGACAAGGUCUUCCUCCCUCCACCUCCUAAUCCUAAGCUCCCUGAUUCCCACGAUCCUCACUGCUCGGGCGGGGUGGUGCUGGCCUCUCAAGACGGCAAGAUUGUCUGUGAGAACACUUUAGAUGCACGCCUUGACGUCGCCUUCAGACAGAAGCUUCCCCAGAUCCGGACGCGCCUCGUUGGAGCUCCUGAAACCUCCAGAGCAUGAUCCCAGCACCCAAUUUUACAAUAUUUUGCUAAGGCCUCAAUAAGUGACACAUUUUGGCCUUCUGACACUCUCAAUGAUCGUCACUUUUUAGGUGGAGAACAAAUGUUUUUAGUUUGUCGCAUCCUUUUCAUCUUUAAAAUAUUGUCAAGAGAGAAUAACUGCUGAAAAAAUGAUACAGAGAAUCUACAGCGAAGCUAUUGAGCUAUGCCCUUUUUAAUUCAAUUUCCUCUAAAAUACUUUUGAGUAA